CCUGCAGGUCUGCAGAUCGUCCUGAAAUCUAUAAUGAAAGCCAUGGUUCCACUGCUACAGAUUGGCUUGCUGCUCUUUUUUGCAAUCCUUAUGUUCGCCAUCAUUGGUCUGGAGUUUUACAGCGGCAAACUUCACUACACCUGCAUCCCUCAGCUUGGAAUAUUGGAAAAUGAGACCGUGGAUUCAUCUGAGUAUGAGUUCCCGUGUGGUGUGCGUCAGUGUCCAUCCAAGUACAACUGUAGUGAUACCUGGAUUGGCCCCAAUGACGGCAUCACACAGUUUGACAACAUCCUGUUUGCCGUUCUGACUGUCUUCCAGUGCAUCACCAUGGAAGGAUGGACCACUGUACUCUACAAUGCCGAUGAUGCAUUGGGUCCCAGUUGGAACUGGCUCUACUUCAUCCCUCUCAUCAUCAUUGGGUCUUUCUUCGUCCUUAACUUGGUCCUGGGUGUCCUGUCUGGGGAGUUUGCCAAGGAGAGAGAGAGGGUGGAAAACCGUAGGGCUUUCAUGAAACUGAGACGCCAACAGCAGAUUGAGCGAGAGCUCAACGGAUACCGGGCGUGGAUAGACAGAGCAGAGGAGGUCAUGCUUGCUGAGGAGAAUAAGAAUGCAGGACCAUCUGCCCUUGAUGUGUUGAAGAGAGCCACCACCAUCAAGAGGAGAGGGAUAGAUGUGGUCCAUCGAGGGCAAACAGGAGAAGAACAAUAUGGUGACAUCUCUGUGGGCUCCCCCAUAGCAAGAGUGAGUAUCCGGAGUGCCAAACGAGGUCCUGCAGCGUAUUUUCGCCGGAAGGAGCGCCUCUUACGCAUCUCCAUCCGCCGUGUGGUGAAGACUCAGACGUUCUACUGGACUGUGCUGGGCCUAGUAGCACUCAAUACACUGUGUGUGGCAAUUGUUCACCACAACCAGCCUCUCUGGCUGUCUGACUUCCUCUACUAUGCAGAGUUCCUUUUCCUUGCUCUGUUUCUGACUGAGAUGUUUCUGAAGAUGUACAGCUUGGGACCACGACUCUACUUCCAUUCCUCCUUCAACUGCUUCGACUGUGGUGUUAUCGUGGGAAGUAUCUUUGAAGUGCUGUGGGGUUUCUUCAGGCCUGGAACUUCCUUUGGCAUCAGUGUCCUUCGUGCCCUCAGGCUGUUGAGGAUUUUCAAGAUUACGAAGUACUGGGCAUCUCUGAGAAACUUGGUCAUCUCCCUGAUGAACUCCAUGAAGUCCAUCAUCUCCCUCAUCUUCCUCCUGUUCCUCUUCAUUGUUGUCUUUGCACUCCUCGGCAUGCAGCUUUUUGGUGGCAGGUUCAUCUUUGAAGAUUACACUCCAACAAACUUUGACACCUUUCCGGCAGCCAUCAUGACGGUCUUUCAGAUCUUGACAGGGGAGGACUGGAACGAGGUGAUGUACAACGGCAUUCGCUCUCAAGGAGGGGUUAAGUCCGGCAUGUGGUCCUCUGUUUACUUUAUAGUCCUCACGCUGUUCGGGAACUACACUCUGCUGAAUGUUUUCUUGGCCAUUGCUGUGGAUAACCUUGCCAAUGCACAAGAACUUACCAAGGAUGAAGAGGAAGCAGAGGCGGCGUUUAACCAGAAGCACGCUCUGCAGAAGGCGAAGGAGGUUGGGCCGCUGUCUUCAUUUAUGUCAUCAGAUGGCAGCCGGAGGAGGCGGCCCUACCUGUACAGGAAAAGAGCCAUCCACCGCAGCCGACCUACCUACUCCUACUCCCUGGAGGAGGCCCAGGGCAGUGUCAGGGAGGGCCGCCUACCCCCACCACUCAAACCUUCUAACUCUUUCAUGUCCAGGAGAGAAAGAAGAAAAAGGAUGACCAUGUCAGUCUGGGAGCAGAGGACCAGCCAGCUGCGGCGACACCGCCAGAUGUCCAGCCGAGAGAUCCUGUUCAGCAGCCACAGCGAGGAGAAGGAUGGGCCUCCUGCUUCAACCCAGCAUGGACAACAAAGGCCUCUGUCACUGCAGCACAAAAUGAAGCAGACAACACCCUCCAGUAGCCUUAAACAAAUGGAAGACCCACUGCUCUCCCCAGUGAAGACACUGAAAGGCUCAGUGGAUGAGCCUGAAGCAUCUUCUAUGGAUGUUUCUCUAGAACCCACCUUCUCUAGUGACAUACCUGAACCCCCAAUGGCAGUUCUCGUUCAAGAGUCUCGAGAUCCCACUGACAUACCCCAUUCAGAUGUGCCUAUUACCAUACCAGAGUCACCUAAUUCAGAGCCCAUCUCUGAAAAUGGAAAACUUGACAUGAAUCAGAGUCACAACACAGUCAGUGGGUGUCGGAGCCCCAGACUCAAUGGCAAGCUUCAGCAUAAGGCCGUGAAGAAGUUCAGGCCAGCAGAUAUAGGCAAUAUGUCUACUCCUGAAAUUUCUGGGAUCAAGGGCAGGAGGGUGCGGCAUACCUGUGAUUCUGAGACAAGGACCACAAAUCAAGGAACUUCAUCUGGAGAUGGAAGUCUCUCAGCUACUCCCUCAGUCAGCAGGGACAGGACAAGGAAUCCAGUCCAAGUCGAGAGAGAAGUGGAGACUGAAAAGAAUGAAUCAGAGUUGUGCCAAAGUGAAAGAAGCAGAGAGGAUGGCCAAACGAAGGGAGGUGAUACCAAUCCACCAGACAACCAAGGCCAUCCUGAUAAUCUCUGUUCUCAGAAGAAUGAAGAUCUUCAUGAGCAGUUAGCCGUUUAUCCAUCUGCUAUCCAAGAGACUAACAAAGAGGAACUACAGACAGAGCAGGACCAGGAUAAGUCUCAGCUCAGCUCCAGUGUGACCAUUGAGAUGUUGAAACAGCAGUCACCUCUAGAGAUCUCAGCUAUCACAGUCAACAGUAAGGAAUGUGAAACAUGUAAGUCAGAAAAGGAAGAGGAAGAAGAGCCAAAGCCUGUCAUCACUGUGACCCCAAACAGCAUGUUCGUCUUUAAACCUGACAACCCAGUGCGUCGAGCGUGUCACUAUGUGGUGAACUUCAGGUACUUUGAAAUGUCCAUCCUGUUGGUCAUUGCUGCAAGCAGCAUAGCACUGGCUGCUGAGGAUCCUGUGGCAACCUCCUCUAACUGGAAUAAGGUUCUACGUUAUUUUGAUUAUGUGUUCACUGGAGUCUUUACAUUUGAAAUGAUUAUAAAGAUGAUUGACCAGGGUCUGAUCCUCCAUGAUGGCUCUUACUUCAGAGACCUGUGGAACAUCUUAGACUUUAUUGUUGUGGUGGGAGCCUUGGUGGCCUUCGCCCUCACCAAUGUGAUGGGAAAUAACAAAGGACGGGACAUUAAAACCAUCAAAUCUCUAAGAGUUUUACGAGUCCUUAGACCACUGAAAACCAUCAAACGUCUUCCUAAACUCAAGGCGGUGUUCGACUGUGUGGUAACAUCUCUGAAGAACGUCUUCAACAUCCUGAUUGUUUAUAAGCUCUUUAUGUUCAUCUUCGCUGUCAUCGCUGUGCAGCUUUUCAAGGGGAAAUUUUUCUACUGUACCGACAGCUCAAAGGACACAGAGAAGGACUGCCAAGGGUACUACAUCGACUAUGGGAAGGACAAGAAAGAGGUGAAGAGAAGAGACUGGAAGAGGCACGAUUUCCACUACGACAGCGUCAUCUGGGCCCUGCUCACCCUCUUCACUGUCUCCACCGGAGAGGGUUGGCCGCAGGUUCUGCAGCACUCGGUAGACGUGACAGAGGAGGACAGAGGUCCAAGCCACGGCAACAGGAUGGAGAUGUCCAUCUUCUAUGUCAUCUACUUUGUUGUGUUUCCCUUUUUCUUUGUCAACAUCUUUGUGGCGCUCAUCAUCAUCACAUUCCAGGAGCAGGGAGAUAAGAUGAUGGAGGAGUGCAGCCUGGAGAAAAAUGAGAGAGCCUGCAUAGACUUUGCUAUCAGUGCCAAACCGUUGACCCGCUACAUGCCGCAGAACCGGCACACGUUCCAGUAUCGUUUGUGGCAUUUUGUGGUGUCGCCCUCAUUUGAGUACACUGUUCUGGCCAUGAUUGCCCUGAACACCAUCGUACUGAUGAUGAAGUAUUAUUCUGCCCCGCCAGCGUAUGAGGCUGUACUGAAGCAUCUAAACACAGCCUUCACAGUUCUCUUCUCUGUUGAGUGUGUCCUCAAAAUCCUGGCCUUUGGCUUUCUGAACUACUUUCGAGACACAUGGAACAUUUUUGAUUUCAUCACAGUCUUGGGUAGCAUCACUGAGAUAGUGGUAGAUUUGCAGUUUGUCGACACAUUCAACAUGAGUUUCUUGAAGCUGUUCCGAGCUGCCCGUCUAAUCAAACUGCUGAGGCAAGGGUACACCAUCCGGAUUCUUCUGUGGACCUUUGUCCAGUCCUUCAAAGCUUUGCCCUAUGUCUGUCUGCUAAUUGCCAUGCUCUUCUUCAUCUAUGCCAUCAUUGGCAUGCAGGUGUUUGGCAACAUUAAGCUGAGUGAAGAGACUCACAUUAACCAGCACAACAACUUCAAGACCUUCUCUGGUGCACUCAUGCUACUCUUCAGGAGUGCGACAGGGGAGUCGUGGCAAGAGAUCAUGCUUUCAUGUUUGGGGGGACAGCAGUGUGAGACAGACCCUUCACUGCCUCCUGCAGUACUGAUGUCUGACCAAGAAGGGGGCUGUGGGUCCGACUUUGCCUAUUUCUACUUUGUGUCCUUCAUCUUCUUCAGCUCCUUCUUGAUGCUGAACCUGUUUGUGGCUGUGAUCAUGGAUAACUUUGAAUAUCUGACUAGAGAUUCUUCGAUCCUCGGCCCUCACCACCUGGAUGAAUUUGUGCGGAUCUGGGGGGAGUAUGACCGUGCUGCCUGUGGUCGUAUCCAUUACACUGACAUGUAUGAGAUGUUGACAAACAUGUCCCCACCUCUAGGCCUGGGCAAGAAAUGCCCCUCCAAGUUGGCAUAUAAGAGAUUAGUUUUGAUGAACAUGCCUGUGGAUGAAGAUAUGUCUGUCCACUUCACCUCCACACUCAUGGCCCUCAUUCGCACUGCCCUGGAGAUCAAAAUAGCCAGAGGAGGAGAGGAUCGAAAUCAAAUGGAUCUGGAUCUGCAGAAGGAAAUUGGUGUCAUCUGGCCUCAUCUGUCUCAGAAAACACUGGAUCUGCUAGUUCCUAUUCACAAAGCCAGUGACAUGACCAUAGGCAAGAUCUAUGCUGCCAUGAUGAUCAUGGACUACUACAAGCAGAGCAAGGCCAAAAAGCUCAGGCAGCAACUGGAGGAGCAGAAACAUGCACCGAUGUUCCAGCGUAUGGAUGCAUCAUCUCUUCCUCAAGAAAUUAUAUGCAAUGCCAAGUCCUUGUCAUUCUUCAGACAGAGUACUGGAUCUGCUCUCACCAGAGGAGGCUUUUUGGCACUCAGCGCCAUUUCACCUCAAGAGAUGUUCAUGCAGCCACUGGCUCAUUCCAAAGAGGAGCAGCAGGAGGAAGAAGAGGAGGAAGAUGAAUACCGCUUACCGUACCUCCCGUACCACCAUUCUCAUCACCACCAUUUGCACACACUGGUGACAGAUGUGAUGGAGUAUAAUCAAGUGAUGCGGCAAGCUAGAGAGGACCCCACGGUGCUGAAAUCACCUCAGCGCACAGCAUCGAUAAGAGCAUCAUCUAUGCCUCGACUAGCUGUUGAUGGGCAGCCUGGACUAUCAGUAGACAGUAAACUGAUGAAGCGCUCCUUCUCCACCAUCGGGGAUCAGUGUGUGAACGGCUUGUGGCAGGAGCAGCACUCUCUGGAGAGAGUCAGUCCUGACGGCACAUACAGACCUCGGCAGAAGAGCUACAGAGGCCCAAGAGUUAACAACAGAGAUGAGAGAGGGCGCUCAAAGGAACGGCGUCACCUUCUGUCUCCUGACGUUUCUCGCUGUAACUCUGAGGAGCGCAGCAGAGAUACUUCGCAUGAGAGGACAAAGUCCCGCUCGCCCAGUGAAGGACGUGCUCAAAAUUUACAGAGACAGAUCAAUGCAUCAGGGAGCCCCGCCCAUUCAUCAUCAGAGUCUGGUACUCCUCGUAAUCGGCGUCAGCUGCCUCAGACACCCUCUCGCCCGCGGCCUUACAUCUCCUACUCUCCUCUGGUCUGCCAAGCCCACCCCUCUCCCACACCAGCAACCUCCUCUGACGGACAGACCCAGCCUCAGACCAGUCCCCGUGGCCCAACAGACACCUCCUUCAAGUCUGACAAGGAGGCUGGCCCGCUCACCACAGGUCAGGCAUCAUCAGGAGGUCAGGUUUUAGGAUCGAGCCACCCCUCUCCACACCGCUACAUCUCAGAGCCCUACCUUCCAUUCCAUGAGGGCGUCCACAGCGGCAACUUGGGCAACAGGCAGGACACCCUUACUUUUGAGACAGCCAUGGCAACCAGUCUGGGUCAAGCCAAUGUCAUAAGCUCCGCCCCUCAGCUCAGACAUUCCUGGCAGGUUCCUAACGGGCAUUUCCGUAAGCACUUGGGCCAGGCCAGUCCGACCACCGCCGGCGAGCUGCUAAGUGACACAGAUGAGGAUGACCGCUGCUAGAGUCAAGAGAGGAGCAGAGGGAGCAUGAUACACAUGAGGAGGUCCAUGUGGGACUUCUGGCACCAUAAGGCUGUAGCUCCUCUGGCUCUGGGAUCCUGAUGUUCUCAGUACUGUAGCAAGCUGACAAGACCUGAUACCUGGGUGUUUAAGUGUGUGUCUGCCACAUGUUCUUGUGUGAAUGUGUGUCAGAGCUGGAAGGAGCCUACAUGUAUAGACAGAAAUGUGUGGGUUGUAUGUGUGCUGCGAACAAUUGCCAAAUUAUCAGCAGCAGAGGCGUAGCUCAACGUGGGCAUCCCACGUGUUGCCUUCCCGCGAAUGUUGGUGUUUUGAUUGUUUUUUGGAACAAAAUAUUAUUGAUAUGGUAAACACCUGCAGGUGUCCAAGCCACAUGUCGAAUCCAAGGGGAAGUUUUG